GCUCUCUUCUCAUUCUUCUUUCCCACUUGAGUGAUCCAAUGGAGGUGUGGUCUCUUUGGUAUUUUGUCAUCCCUUUCCUUGUUGUAGGUGUGACAACUUGGAUUUCUUGGUGGAGGAACCCCAGCUGUAAUGGCAGACUACCUCCAGGUUCCAUGGGACUUCCACUUAUAGGGGAGAGCCUUAAUUUUCUUGUGACAUCCAGGUCCAUAGACAUCCAUCCUUUUAUUAAGGAUAGAAUGAAGAGAUACGGUCCAUUGUUCAAGACAAGUUUAGCAGGUCAACCAGUAGUGGUGUCCUCAGAUCCUGAUUUCAACUAUUUCGUGCUCCAACAAGAAGAAAAACUUGUGGAACUAUAUUAUAUGGAUUCCUUUGCGAACCUGGUUCUCAAAGAUAACGUAAAUGAAGGUGGUUAUGUGCACAAGUAUCUCAGGCAUGCAAUUCUGAGUCACUUUGGCCCUGAGGCUCUCAAAGAAAAGCUACUGUGUCAAGCUGAAAAUGUCAUAAACCAUGGAUUGCAUGAGUGGACAAAGCAGACAGAGGUAGCUGUGAAAAACCAAAGUGCUGCUAUGAUAUUUGGAUUUACUUCAAAGAUUCUGAUGAGUUAUGAAUCGGAAAAAUCUGAGGAAAAUUUAAGUGAAUAUUUAUGUAGCUUCUUGCAAGGACUUAUGACAUUCCCUUUGUACAUCCCUGGGACUGCUUUCUACAAAUGUAUAAAGACUCAACGAAAAGCAGUAAAACUGAUGUCUCAGCUACUAGAAGAGAGAAGGAAGUCUUAUUCCCAAGGUUGCAAUAAAGGAGAUUUUCUUGGCCAAAUAGUGGAAGACAUGGAAAAAGAAGAAUUUUUGACUAAGGAAUUCGUCGUCAACGUUAUGUUUGGUCUCCUCCUUGCUAGCGUUGAGACUAUUUCCACUACUACUGCUUUAGCCAUUAAGUGUUUAUUGGACAACCCAUCAGCAUUGCAACAAUUAACUGAGGAGCAUGAGGAAAUUCUAAAGAAAAGAGAAAGCACCAAUCAUGGACUUUCAUGGAAGGAAUACAAAUCUAUGACUUUUACUCAUUACGUCAUUAAUGAAGCACUUCGAUUAGGAAGUGUUGCUCCUGGAAUCGUGAGAAGGGUUCUAACUGAUAUUCAUGUUAAUGGUUAUACUAUACCGAAAGGUUGGAACCUUUUGAUUGUGCCCGCAGCACUUCAACUUAACCCUAAUACAUAUGAAGAUCCUCUUACUUUCAAUCCUUCAAGAUGGAAGAACAUGGGAGGCAUUUCGACGGCGAAGAACUUCAUACCAUUUGGAGGAGGGAACAGGACAUGUGCAGGAGCAGAGUUCAGCAAGGUUCUGAUGGCAGUCCUUUUACAUGUUUGGGUUACCAAAUACAGGUUCACUAAGAUCAGGGGAGGAGAUGUGGGCCGUACACCAGUUUUGGAAUUUACAAAUGGUUUCUUCAUCAAAGUUUCAGAAAAACAUCCAUGAUUGGUUAAAAGUGGACGUAUAAUCUACUCUUAAAUAAAACUAGUUUGGCUGCUAAAUAAGUGUUCCAUAUGUACAGCGCAGUUAGUGAGCAAUUUGGUGGAAGUUUAAUUUUCUUAAUUAGCAAUGCAUGCUUUCCUUUGUUAAGCCAUCAUCUACGCUGCUGUAUGAGUUAUA